CACUCCCACCGAGCUGGAUCUGGCUACGGGAGGCACGGGAAACGGCCUCGCUCCGCGCAUCGUCACCCUCCGUCUCGGCAGCCCUUAGUGUCACCUGGCAUCAGAAAGGUCUAAAGGAAGGACUGCAGCCAUGGGGUGUUUCCAAUUUCUCAAAGUCAUGAUGUUCAUCUUCAAUGGCAUCAUCUUCUUGGCGGGAGCUGGGAUCCUUGGUGUAGGGGUGUGGGUCAAGGUGGACAGUAACUCGCUACUUGGUAUCCUGGGCAAAAUUCAAGAUGCUCCGGCGGGGCUGAACCAGCUGGUCAACGUGGGCUACCUGCUGAUCGCCGUGGGAGGGGUGCUGCUGGUCAUGGGCUUCCUGGGGUGCUGCGGUGCCGUGCGUGAGAGCAAGUGCAUGCUGUUACUGUUCUUUGUCAUCGUGCUUAUUGUCUUCAUAGCCGAGGUCGCUGCCGCAGUAGUAAUCCUGGUCUUCAGGCCCCUGGCGGAGAGUCUGAUUCACAUGCUGGGAAACUCGGUCGUCAGCAGCAUAAAGAAGGAUUAUGGGAAGGAUGUGGACCUGACGCUGUUAUGGAACACCACCAUGACUGGGCUGAAAUGCUGCGGCUUCAGUAACUACACAGACUUCACAGACUCACCGUACCAUCAGAGCAGCAGCCUCUACCCCGACCCCUGCUGCCUCACCCUGCCCUGCACACUGCAAAAUGCCACAAGCUCGAGCAUCCCAGGCUGCCUCCGUAAGAUCGUGUCGGCGAUACAGAGUAACUCGACCGUCCUUAUAGCCGUCGCGCUGGGAAUUGCGGCGCUGGAGAUGUCUGCCAUGAUAGUUUCGAUGACCUUGUACUGCAAGAUCGGCUCAGAGUGAUGAGGGUCCCUGCGGACGGCGUCAUCUGAACGAUGGUACAAACCUUUGACCAAUGCUGGAAAGUCACAUCAGAAAGAGAUGGUACAACCUCUCAGGCUGAAAAUGUGUGCGUUCUGUCUUUUUUUUUUUUUUAAAUGAUUUAAAAUUUGCUAAUUACAUUUUUUCUCUCAUUAAUAAGCUUUACUUAAACUGGUAAUUUCAGGAGAUAUCUUUAAAUCCUAUAUCUUUAUAGGAAAUUUUGUAUCUAUCAAUGGAAGGAUUUAACUGCAGCCUAAGUGUCACAUAUUUACAAUUCAUAUGUAAUGUUGAUGGUCUAUACACACAUACUCGGGGUGGCACUUAAGAUUUCUUAUUACUACAAUGUCUGGGGGGGAAAAGAGUACAGAAAAAGGUAAAGAAAUGGACGCUGAGGAACAAACCAAAGGUACAAGCAAUAUUAGGGCGUUUUUCCACCGCACCAGGUACCGUACUUUCGGUACUUCCAUAAAGUGCCGAAAGUUUGGUACUUCUUUCAUGUCGGUUUUCCACCGGCGCCAAAUGACAUCAUCAGUGAC